AUGGAUCAGCAGCAGUAUGUCAAGACUAGUCCGCUGUCGCCGCCACGUCCCGGACCGGGCAGCGCGGCGGCAGCUGCGGCUGCGAAUAGCUAUGCCAAGUUUGCGGAUGCUCCGCAACACUUUAUACAAUCGCCGGCGUACAGCAUUGGCAUCGCGCCGGUGGCCAGCUAUCGGGAGAACCAUUAUAUGCGGAUACCUCAGGCCUCGGUGCCGGAAUUUCAGCGUGCCGGACGUGCAGCAACUGUGGCCUCCGGUGCCGUUGGCGGUGGCUGCAAGACCGGACCGGGGGGCGGCGCCUCAUCUGUUGCCGGACCCGGUGCCGGCGGUGUUCUCCAAGUGGCCGGCAGCAUGCCGCCGCCGGGCGCCCAGCCGGGCAGCGUGCUCGUCAUGGAGGCCAUGUCGCAUUACCCAACGUUGCAGUACAACAACGAAUACCUGACCAAUGCCGCAGCUGUGGCAGCCAUGCUGGCGCAGGGCAUCUAUGAGGCGAACCGUAGGACGGCCGCCGAACAACAUUCCCAGGUCGAGGAGGCGGGCGGCGGUGAGGAACGGGCACGCCCCUGGCUGCCGUUAUAUAACCAACCGCUGGAUGUGGAGGCAUUGACGCAUCUAAUCAAACGCCAUCAGACGCUGAUCAAGAAUCCCUUGCUGACGCAUAUACGCAAAUUGAAAGCGGAACGCUGGGAGCACAAUCAGGGUCUGGUUGAGAAAUAUACCAAGGAUCAGGCCGAUUGGCAGCGACGCUGCGAACGGGCCGAGGGCAGUGCCAAGCGCAAGGCGCGCGAGACCAAGAAUCGUGAAUUCUUCGAGAAGGUGUUCACGGAGCUGCGCAAACAGCGCGAGGACAAGGAGCGCUUCAAUCGUGUCGGCUCACGCAUCAAAUCCGAGGCAGAUCUCGAGGAGAUCAUGGACGGCUUGCAGGAGCAGGCGCUGGAGGACAAAAAGAUGCGCUCCUAUGCCGUUAUACCGCCGCUAAUGCACGACGCCCGUCAACGCCGUUGCGCCUAUCACAACGAGAACGGACGCAUCGAGGAUAUGGUGGCCGUGCACGAGGAGCGCAAGGCCCUCAAUCUGUGGACAGCCGGCGAGAAGGAGACCUUCAAGGAGAAAUAUCUACAGCAUCCGAAGAACUUUGGUGCCAUUGCGGCCAGCCUGGACCGCAAAUCGCCGCAGGAUUGCGUACGCUAUUACUACCUCAGCAAAAAGACGGAGAACUACAAGCAGCUGCUACGCAAAUCCCGCCAGCGGACACGCAGCAGCCGCAACCCGGCCAAGGCCCAGGCCCAGCAGCCCCAAUGCAUUAUCGAUUCCCUUACAACUGGCGUCACGACUCGCCUCCAGCGCGAACAGCAACAGAAAUCCGGCAAUCGUUCCAGCGCCGUCGCCGAGCGCGAACGUGCCGAACGCGCCGCCGAACGGGAGCGUGUCGCCGAAAAGGCCGCCGCCGAUGCGGCCAAAGCGGCCGAGUGUGCCGCCGAGAAGGCGAGCGCCGUCAGUAAGGCCGCCGAGGCGGCUGCCGGCAGCGAGAAGGUGGCCAAGACAACUGGUGCAGCCGGAGUUAGUGCCACGCCCUCAGCUACGCCCGCGGUCAGCGUGGCACUCAACGGCUUCAAGCCCGGCUACCAGAGCGUCGUCAUGGCCAACGUCAAGGCGCCAGCGCCAGCAGCUGGCCUUGAUGAUGCCACAGCCGGAGCUGCAGCAACAACGUCGACAAAUGCAACGGGCGAUAAAAUCGUCAAGGCCUCAUCGACUGCAGCUGCAGCUGCGGCUGGCUUCGUUGUGCCCAAUGCGGCUGUAUCGGAGCCUGUCAGCAAUGCAACGCUUACGACGGCCACCACGGCUGGCAACUAUUUGGGCCAGAAGUUGAAGGCGGCACAAGUCGAGGGACUCGGUGCCGGCAAUGAUCUGCACACGGAUGUUAGCAGCAACAACAACAUUAAAGUGACCACCACCAAGGAUGCAUCGAAUCAAGUCUCGUUCAUUGACAAGGGCCCCGGCUCACUGCUGACGCCCGCCUCAUCCAUAUCGUUGCUCUACAACAGCGCCAUGUCCACAACGGCCGCGGUGGCUGCGAUGGCAACAGGCGCAGGAGCAGGCACAAGGCCAACGACGGCAUUGACUCCGACCAUGGUGACAGAUCGGGCUGGCAAUUUGCUGAGCACAUCCGAGGUUCUGGCAUUGGAUGGCAAAGAAAGCUGUCUCUGCGAGGACUUGGCGGCGCCUUUGUGCUUUGCUCUUUUCCCUCAAAACCAGGCGCAGCUUUCUGGGCAAUGA